GCAAAAUUCAAAGAAUCGGAAAUGGAGAGUGGUCUGAUAUCAGUGGAUCGAUGGAGAAAGGGAAGUCAAGCUUACUUCUUGACUCAUAUGCACUCCGAUCACACGCGUGGCCUCUCCUGCGGAUGGUCCCAAGGUCCUCUCUACUGUUCCCGCAUCACCGCCUCUCUAUUUCCCUCCCGAUUCCCAGGCUUCGACCUCUCCUUGCUUCGCGUCGUCCCUCUCUAUUCCUGGACAUCUCUCUCCCUCCGCUCUCCUUCCUCCGGCUCUACCGUCGUCCUCCAUUUCAUGGCCAUCGAUGCUCACCACUGUCCUGGCUCCAUGAUGUUUUUGUUCCGGGGAGAUUUCGGAUGUUUUCUCUACACCGGAGACUUCCGGUGGGAUGCUGAUGCAUCAGACGAAGCCAGAACCAUUCUCGUUGAUGCUAUUCACGAAUUUCCCGUCGACAUUCUUUAUUUGGAUAACACUUAUUGCAAUCCAAUUUACAGUUUUCCUUCCCGUCAAGUCGCUGCUCAAUUGGUUGCUGAUAUAAUUGCUUCUCAUCCUUCACAUGAUGUUAUCAUAGCAGUUGACUCUUUGGGGAAGGAAGAACUACUUCUUCAUGUUUCCCGCAUUCUCAAUGUCAAGAUUUGGGUUUGGCCAGAGCGUCUUCGUACUAUGCAUCUCCUUGGUUUCCAAGACAUUUUCACUACUGAUACAUCUCUUACAAGAGUGCGGGCUGUCCCUCGUUAUAGUUUUAGUAUUCAGACUCUCGAGGGGCUGAAUACGAUGUGCCCAACUAUCGGCAUUAUGCCAUCUGGUGUCCCAUGGGUUAAAAGACCUUUCAAAGGAGAUGACAAGCUCUCUGGUUCUUUUCUUACUGCAAGUAUGAAGAAUGAAACCAUUUCUGCUCAGAAAGAAUUAGAAGCGGCUGCAGUGCAUAAGUUCCAUGACUAUAUGUACUCGGUGCACUACUCUGAUCAUUCAUGCUAUGAGGAGAUUGGAGAGUUCAUUAAACUUGUGAAGCCAAAGAGCAUGAAAGGAAUUGUGGUCUCAUCAUCAUCGUAUGUUGACCCUCUUUACUACUUUGGCCGUAUCUGUGGAGCCAACCAACCGCCACAAGUGCUGCUUAUGAGGCCUGACAUCGCAGAGGAAUUUCAAGCUGUUAGGAUAAAGUCAUAUUCUGCAACUGACAAGACUAGAGUGUUGGAAAAAGAAAAAAGGUGGAAGCGAGAUAGUCAUUCAAGUUUGAAGAGAAACAAGAAGAGAGCACUGAUGUGGCGGCUUAUUUUUCCUCAAGGUUACAAUGUUGUCUAUGUGAAUGGUCUGAUACACAAUCCUUUUCUAUGGGGAAGAGAGUCGUAUCCGAUCAUACCUGGCUUGACGGAUGACGUGGCGGAGCUCUGUGUCUCGAAAAUCCCCCGGUCUAGCUUUCAGAUCACUUCUCAGGUGUGCCGGCGAUGGAGGUCAUUCCUCAGGAGCCAGCAUUUUGCAGCCGUUCGAAAGUUGACCGGAACGGUGGAGGAGUUCCUGUGUGUUCUGAUGGAAAGCGAGUGUGGAAGAGACGUGUACUGGGAAGUUUUCGACGUCUCCGGGAACAAGUUAGGCCAGAUCCCUCCUGUCCCUGGCCCCUUGAAGCGCGGUUUCGGCGUUGCAGUGCUUGAUGGCGGGAAGAUUGUGUUCUUCGGAGGAUAUACGGAGGUUGAAGGCUCUGGGAUCAAUAGCACCACUGUCUCUGCCUCUGCUGAUGUUUACGAGUUUGAUCCUGCUGCUAACAGCUGGAGAAAACUAGCGGCCAUGAACAUACCACGUUACAACUUUGCAUUUACUGAAGUGAACGGUCUUUUGUAUGUGAUCCGAGGCUAUUCCACAGAUACUUAUAGCCUUUCCAACGUGGAAGUGUACAACCCCGACACUAACCAAUGGAGUCUCAUGGAUUGUCCAAACCGCCCUGUUUGGCGCGGCUUUGCAUUCGCCUUCAAUUCCAAACUCUACGCUGUAGGCAAUGGAUCGAGGUUCAUCGACAUAUAUGACCUGAAAACGCAGACAUGGGAAGAGUUAGACUCGGAGCAAUCAGUGUCGGUGUAUUCCUACACGGUUGUGAGGAAUAAAGUGUAUUUUAUGGACAGGAACAUGCCGGGCCAUCUGGGAGUGUUUGAUCCAGAGGAGAAUUCGUGGAGUUCGGUGUUUGUGCCUCCGAGAGAGGGAGGUUUCUGGGUGAGACUAGGAGUAUGGAACAAUAAGGUUCUCCUGUUUUCACGGGUUUGUGGACAUGAGACCUUAAUGUACGACCUUGAUAAAGCGAAAGGUUCCAAAUGGAGAGUGUGUGAUCAGAUUAAACCAUCUGCUUCUCAAUUGGCCAGCGUUCUUAUCAACUUCUAAUAUUCUCUUUAACUUCAUUCUUCUGACGUUUUGGAGCUGUGAGUUUUGUGUGUUUGGCCAAAACGUCCCCAAUUUCUCAACUUUGUAAAUGAUUCUUGUAUUUGUUGUGCAUUGCUAAUUCUGUGUAUAUAUGUUUUUACGAUUAUUUUGCAUCGCUUUACUUUUGGAAGAUAAGUUUUUUUACUCUUUACAUUUGCCAAUCUUGAUUUUAAUGUAAGCUCUCUGUUUUCUGACCGUUAACCAACCGUAAUAAGUAAAUAAAAUGUUAGGUUGUAU